AUCCACGUGACUUCCCGGCAGCGGCCGCCGGCUCCAGCCCGAGCCGAGCCCGGCUGCACUCUGCACCUACUUUCAGUUUCAGGUGGCGCGCGGCGGCGCGGGGACCGCGGCUGGGGCCUCCCCACUGGAAACAACCUGCAAAUCCAGCUCAGGCCGUGGGGCUUGGCCGAGGCACCCAUGAGACCCUCUCCGCAGACGCGCUAGAACACCUAUGAUGAACCAGGAGGCCAAGGCAAGCUCCUCAUGGACCCCGAUAGCCUCCAGCUGGGCACCAAGAGCCUGUGGAGCUGGCUCGUGAGGCUGCUCAGCCAAGCCCCAGAAUGGAUGAACGCCAAGGUGAAGUUCUUCCUCCCCAACAUGGACCUGGGCUCCAGGAGCGAGGCCCUGGACCCCUCGCAGAGGAUCAUCCAACAGCUCAGGGAACUGUACGCCCAGGGCCCGGCCCCCUGGCAGACGUUCAUCCACUGCGUGUGCAUGGAGCUGGAGGUGCCGCUCGAGCUGGAGGUGCCGCUGCUGAGCACGUGGGGCCACGGAGACGGGUUUCCCAGUCCGCUGGAAGCUGGUGAGGACUGCGGACCAGAAUCUCAGCUCCAGCACGGUAUCAAGCGGCCUCAUCAGAGCUGUGGGUCCUCGCCCCGCCCAAAGCAGUCCAGGAAGCAGCAGCUAGAGUUGGCCAAGAGGUACCUGAAGCUGCUGAGGAGUUCUGCCCAGCAGCGCUACGGCGGCAGGAUCCUGGGGCCGGGGCAGCCGCUUGUCUUCCCCCAGGCCUACGUCCCCCCAGUCCUGCAGUGGAGCCGAGCCACGGCGCCCUUCAGCACUCAGGAGGGGGCCCUUAUGGGGGACCCCAAGGCAGAAGAUGGCACCGACGUGAGCAUCCUGGACCUCCUCAACACCAGGGCUGACAAGGGUCCCAGGGUGAGGGUGCUUCUGGGGAAGGCGGGCAUGGGCAAGACCACACUAGCCCACUGGCUCUGCCAGAAGUGGGCCGACGGCCAGCUGGACCGCUUCCAGGCCCUGUUCCUUUUUGAAUUCCGCCAGCUCAACCUGAUCACAAGUGUCCUGACACUGCCUCAGCUCCUUUUUGAUCUGUACCUGAGCCCCGAGGAGGGCCCUGACGCCGUCUUUGAGUACCUGGAGGACAAUGCUAAUGGGGUCCUGCUGAUCUUUGAUGGGCUGGACGAGGCCCUCCAGCCCUGUUCCAGCGGAGAGACUGUAGAUCCUGAGGCCCUAGGUCCAGCCCUCACCCUCUUCUCUGACCUCUGCCGUGGGACCCUCCUGCCCGGCUGCUGGGUAAUGGCCACCUCACGUCCAGGGAAGCUGCCCGCCUGCGUGCCCACGGAGGCGGCCACGGUCCACAUGUGGGGUUUUGACAGGCCACGGGUGGAGGAGUUCGUGGGCCGCUUCUUCAGCGACCUGCCGUCGCAGAAGGCCGCCCUGGCAGAGUUACGGGCAAACAGACGUCUCCGGAGCUUGUGUGCGGUGCCUGCACUGUGCCGUGUCACCUGCGUCUGCCUCCACCAUCUGCUCCCAGGCAGCUCCCCAGGCCAGUCUGCGGCCCUCCUCCCCACCAUGACUCAGACCUAUGUGCAGAUGAUGCUCGCCCUCAGGCCCCGUGGGUACCUGCCUGCCAAUUCCCUGAUGGGUCUCUGUGAGGUGGCCCUGAGUGGCCUGGAGACCGGGAAGGUUAUCUUCUCUGCCAGAGACAUCCCUCCAGCCACGUUGGCCUUUGGGGCUGCCCACGGCCUGCUGAUCUCCUUCUGCAUCUGCAUCAGCCCUGGGCGCCAGGAGACAGGCUAUGCUUUCCCCUACCUCAGCCUGCAGGAGUUUUUUGCUGCCCUGCACCUGAUGGCCAGCCCCGAGGUGGACCAAGAUGCACUCGCCCGCCAUGUCACCCUGAAUUCUCGCUGGGUGCUGCGGACCAAAGCUCGACUGGGCCUCUCAGACCACCUUCCCGCCUUCCUGUCGGGCCUGGCAUCCUGUGCCUGCCGCCACUUCCUCAGCCAGCUGGCACAGAGAGACGAGGUGUGGGUGAGUGCCAAGCAGGCUGCGGUCGCGCAGGCAUUGAGGAAGUUGGCCACCCGCAGGCUCACGGGGCCGAAGGUGGUAGAGCUGUGUCACUGUGUGAGCGAGACACAGGAGUCUGAGCUGGCCGGCCUGGUGGCCCAGAGUCUCCCCUAUCAACUGCAGUUCCACAACUUCCCACUGACCCACGCCGACCUGGCUGCUGUGACCAACAUCCUGGGGCACAGGGAUGCUCCUGUCCACUUGAAUUUUGAGGGCUGCCCCCUGGAGCCCUCCUGCCCUGAGGCUCUGGCAAGCUGUGGGCAGGUAGAGAGUCUCAGCUUUAAGAGCAGGAAGUGUGGGGAUGCCUUUGCAGAAGCCCUCUCCAGGAGCCUGCCAACAAUGGGGAGCCUGAAGAAGCUGGGGUUAGCGGGAAGUAAGAUCACUGCCCGAGGCAUCAGCCACGUGGUGCAGGCUUUGUCCCUCUGUCCACAGCUGGAAGAGGUCAGCUUUCAGGACAACCAGCUCAAGGACCAGGAGGUGCUGAGCAUCGUGAAGAUACUCCCUCGCCUGCCGCACCUCCGGAAGCUUGACCUGAGCCGCAACCAUGUCUCUGACUGGACCCUACUCCACUUGACAGAGGUGGCAGUCACGUGCCCUACCGUCAGGAUGCUACAGGUCACGAAGGCGGACCUCAUCUUCCUUCUCUCCCCACCUGCAGAGACAGCUGCAGAGCUACCAGGAGCCCCAGACCUACAGGAAAGUGCCAGCUCAAGGAAAGAGGCUCAGAGCAGAAGCCUGACACUCAGGCUACAGGAGUGUCAGCUCGGGGUCCAUGAGGUGGAGAUGCUCUUAGCCCAGCUCCGGAAAGGCCCCCACCUGGACGAAGUGGACCUUUCAGGGAACCAGCUGGAAGAUGAAGGCUGCAGACUGAUGGCAGAGGCCGCGCCCCAGCUCCACAUCACCAGGAAGCUGGACCUCAGCGACAAUGGGCUCUCUAUGGCCGGGCUGUACCGCGUGCUGGGUGCAGCGAGCACGUGCCGGACCCUGGCAGAGCUGCACAUCAGCCUGCUGCACAAAACCGUGGUCCUCACCUUUGCCCCAGAGCCAGAGGAGCAGGCGGGGAUGCAGAGGAGGGCUGUGUUUCCUGACAGCCACGUGCCCCAGACGCCCUCUGAGCUGCCCCUGCGCUCCCAAAGGAUCAGGCUGGCGCACUGUGGCUUACAAGCCAAGCACCUCGAGCUGCUCUGCAAGGCGCUGGAAGGAAGCCACCACCUGGGCCACCUCGACUUAUCAAGCAAUGCUCUGGGGGACGAAGGUGCAGCCCAGCUGGCUCAGCUGCUCCCAGGGCUGGGCCCUCUGCAGUCCUUGAACCUCAGUGAGAACGGCUUAUCCCCGGACGCUGGGUUCAGCUUGGCCCUGUGCUUCUCUACUGUGCAGUGGGUUCUCCACCUGGACAUCACGGGUGAGAGCCAACGCAUCGUCCUGGGAGGAGCCGGAAGAGGCAGGGACCUGUCGGCUGCCGGAUCUGUGCCGGAGUUGCCAGCUGGAGCCGAGUUCUUGGGCUCCGGUCAGCGCUGCGUCCCCAGGAGCUUCUGCCUCAGUGAGUGUCAGCUGGAGCCCCUGAGCCUCACCCGCCUCUGUGACACUCUAGAGAAGUGCCCGGGGCCUCUGGAAGUCACAUUGUCCUGCAAGGGCCUGAGCGACCAGAGCCUGGAGACCCUGCUGCACCGCUUGCCCCGGCUGCCCCAGCUCAGCCGGCUUCGGCUGAGCCAGACAGCACUGUCCCCAAGGAGCCCCCUCAUACUGGCAGACGUCUUCAGCCUAUGCCCACGGGUUCAGAAGGUGGAUCUCCAGUCCCUGUGUCACACGACCCUGCACUUCAGGUCUAGCGAGGAGCAGGAGGGCGGAUGCUGUGGCAGGUUCACGGGCUGUGGCCUCUGCCGGCAGCACGUGGAGCCCCUGUGCUGGUCGCUGAGCCGGUGUGAAGACCUGAGCCAGCUGGACCUCUCAGCAAACCAGCUGGGUGAUGCCGGGCUCCAGUGCCUCCUGGAGCAUCUGCCUCGGGUGCCCAUCUCCGGUUCGCUUGAUCUCAGUCACAACAGACUCUCUCAGGAAAGUGCCCUGUGCCUGGUGGAGACGCUCCCCUCCUGCCCACGCAUCCGGGAGGCCUCGGUGAACCUGGGCUCCGAGCAGAGCUUCUGGAUUCACUUCUCCCCACCGGAGGAGGCUGGGAAGACCCUGAGGCUGACCGAGUGUCACUUCAGGCCAGAGCACGUGCCCCGACUGGCCUCCGGCCUGAGCCAGGCCCCACAGCUGGCGGAGCUCACGCUGACCCAGUGCUGCCUGGGCCUGGAGCAGCUGACCGUCCUCCUGAGCUUGGUGAGGUGGCCGAGGGGGCUGCUCAGUCUCAGGGUGGAGGAGCCGUGGGUGGGCAGAGCCGGGGUGCUCACGCUGCCAGAAGUCUGCGCCCAGGCCUCAGGCAACGUCACUAAAAUAAGCAUCUCCGAGACCCAGCAGCAGCUCUGUGUCCAGCUGGAAUUUCCCCGCCAGGAAAACCCAGGAGCUGUGCCUCUCAGGUUGGCUCACUGUGACCUUGGGACCCACCGCAGCCUCCUUGUCAGGCAGCUGAUGGAGACCUGUGCCAGGCUGCGGCAGCUCAGCUUGUCCCAGGUGAACCUCUGCGACGCCAGCUCCCUGUUGCUGGAGAACCUGCUGCUGUCCGUGUCUGAGCUGAAGACAUUCCGGCUGAUCUCCAGCCGUGUGAGUUCCGAGGGCCUGGCCCACCUGACAUCUGGUCUGAGCCAUUGUCCCCACCUGGAGGAGCUGGAAUUGUCCAACACUCAGUUUGGCGAGGAGGACACCAAGGUGCUGAUGGGGGCCCUUGAGGGCAAGCGCCGGCUGAAGAGGCUCAACCUCAGCCACCUCCCGCUGGGCGGCUCCAGCCUGGCGGUGCUCACUCAAGGACUCAGCCGAAUGAUCCUUCUGCAGAGCCUCCGUCUGAGCAGUAACGGCAUCAGUGACAUCGGCUGCUGCCACCUCUCCAAGGCCCUCAGAGCUGUGACCAGCUUGGAGGAGCUGGGCUUGAGCCACAACCAGAUUGGAGACACUGGUGCCCAGCACUUAGCUGCCGUCCUGCCGGGGCUGCCUGAGCUCAGGAAAAUAGACCUCUCAGCAAAUGGCAUCGGCCCGGCUGGGGGAAUGCGGUUGGUGGAGUCGCUCGCCCUUUGCACACACCUGGAGGAGCUGAUGCUCGGCUGCAAUGCCCUGGGGGAUCCCACGGCCCUGAGGCUGGCCCAGGCGCUGCCCCCGCACCUGAGGGUCCUGCACCUGCCCUCCAGCCGUCUGGGCCCCGAGGGGGCACUGAGCCUGGCCCGGGCCCUGGACAGAUGCCCGCAGGUGGAAGUGAUCAGCUUGGCAGAGAACAGCCUGGCCGGAGGGGUCCCGCACUUCUGCCAGGGGCUCCCACUGCUCAGGCAGAUAGACCUGGUUUCCUGUGAGAUUGAUGACCAGACGGCCAAGCCGCUGGCUGCCGGCUUCAUGCUCUGCCCGGCCCUGGAAGAAAUCUUGCUGUCCUGGAAUCUGCUCGGGGAUGAGGCGGCUGCUGAGCUGGCCCGUGUCCUGCCGCGGAUGGGCCGGCUGAAGAGAGUGGACUUGGAGAAGAAUCGGAUCACAGCUUGUGGAGCCUGGCUCCUGGCUGAAGGGCUGGCGCAGGGGUCCGGCAUCCAAGUCAUCCGCCUCUGGAAUAACCUCAUCCCCACUGACAUGGCCCAGCGUCUGCAGAGCCAGGAGCCCAGGCUGGACUUUGCUUUCUUCCACAACCAGCCACCAGCUCCUCGGGGUACUUGAUGGCCGCCUUGCCACCCUUCAAAUCCAGCCAAAAGGGGCCGGCCCUGUGGCCCAGUGGUUGAGUUCGGUGCACUCCACUUCAGUGGCCUGGGUUUGGUUCCCAGGCACAGACCUACACUACACCAUGCUGUGGCAGUGACCUGCAUGCAAAAUAGAGGAAGAUUGGCAUGGAUGUUAGCUCAGGGCCAAUCUUCCUCAGCCAAAAAAAAAAAAAUCCAGCUGAGUGAUGCCAACUUCUACUCACCAGGAGAGAGGACUCAGGAGAUGAGCUUCAGCUGGGUGUCCCUUCACACUGCCCCAGGAGGGGGGCACGUUUGUGCUGCUGCAGUUUUCAGGGAAGACUUCUUUGGGGCCAGAAGCCUAAUAUGGCCAAUGACUACACUGUAUCACAUGUGACAUGCAUGACCAGUUGGGGACAUGUACAGGCACAGUGAGGGUGUCAUGGUGUGAUGUGUGACACAGAAAGUCAUGCGUGGCAGAGUUCCAUGUGACACUACGUGGAGCUUUCAGAAUGGACGGUGGGUCAAUGGCAUGGCACUACAUGUGGCAGGACACAAUUGGUGGUUCAUCUAUGCCAUGUGACAAAUGUCCAGUCUAUGACAUGUGGCUGGCCAAAUGCCCUCGGGCUGGCCCAGGAUCUUAUUUAUUACUUUUUUAAAACCAAGUAUGUAUUUAUAGAUCGCAUUCCAGAGCAGCUAAGCCAGAGAAUGUCUUCUGCCCAGAACUGGGAGGGGAGCAUGUCCAAGCACUAGCCGGCGCAGUGGACUGAGGACCUGGGCUCUGGGCCAACUCGAGGACUCAGCCAUGAGGCUGCUGGAUGCAUGUCCUCCUGCCUCGAGCCUCAGUUUUCCCAUCUGUGAACUGGAGGACCCGCUCCCCUUACAUGCUGGCUUCUGAAGACUUUGGGCCCAGAUCCAGGUCGAGCCAGUCUGACCCUGGGAAUGGAUGGGCCCAGUCUGUCCGGUGUAAGGACAAAGCCAGGUCUCAGGGUGCAGGGGUGGGCACUGCCAAGAUAGUCAGGCAAGGCCACUGGGGGCAGCCACUACCUCAGCGAGAUCCAGGGAGCUCCUCAGGGCUGCAUGUGUUACACAGUGUUCUCGUUCGUUCCAAGAGGGCCCAGCGUGGCCCGGCUACACUCUAAGCCAAGUCCGGCCAAUAAAUGUGAGUGGUCUUCCAGCCUCUCA